AAUAGAAAGCAUAAAGGCUUGAAUAUAGCUUGUCAGUGUCAACAAUUCCCAUUAGUACUGUGCAAGGCGCAGACUCGUGAUGUCACGCUUUUUCAUACUGUCUCAAACACGCAGGUACAAACAAUGUUUGGUGAACUUAUUUUUCUUAUGGUUUUUAUUGUGAAAUGAAAUACUUAAUUAUAUGGAAAAUGUGAUGAACAGUGAAAAAGCAAGUGAACCCAAAGUUUUAAAAUUAGAAAGUGACCUUGUCAGAAGUGUUUCUCAAUCGUUUCGAUCUUGUGCUUCGAAAGCCUCUCCUGUGACUAGUGGCAAAGGUGCGUUCUCCAUUUCGAAACAUCAUGUAUAUAAUUGCGUACAAUCUAUAUAUUUUCAAACAAUAAAAAUGUGAUUCCCUGUGAUACUGCAACCUUCAGCAAUUCUAAUGAGUGAUUAUUUUUUGAUAUUUCAAAUAUUUUUACAACUGCUUGCAUGCAAAUGUACAUAGUAUAGGCAUAAGUAAUACUCGUAUUCACAACAGACUUUAAGAAAUUGGAUAAUGAGAUGAAAUGGAUUUAAAAGUUGGAAAUUAAAAUGAAAGGAAGGACUAUGAAAGGAAAGAGUAGAAGACUCCGUUAUACAUUUUCAGCCAUGCUUAACAGACUAUCACGACUGCCGGUAUAAGUUUGUAAACACUAAGGAAGCAUGUCUAGUUUUAACGGACCUAACCUUCGUCUUUCUCUUUACACAUCAACCUGUACGUUCCUAAUAUCAAUUACUAAUAAAAUCUCAUCAUCUUUCACUUGAAAAGUCUGCUGCUACCUAUCAAAUAAUCAAAAAAGAAACAAUUCAAUAGAGUGAUAAGAAAUUGUCAAUAUUUAUUGCUUACAUUUAGCAUUCAGUUAAUAAUAUUUAUUAUCAAAGUACAUCCAUAUGUCUUCUGUUAGAAAUUAGAAUAUGAAGAAGAGGGAGUCCAUUUCAACAUAUCGAAAAUAAUUAAAGUAAGACAAGAAUAUUUAAAGAAAGACAUGAAGCACAACAAACUUUUGUGAAAUUCCAAUUAUUUUAAACAUAAUGUACAGGAGGAAGUUGUAUUCAAUUUAUAUGAGAAAAGUAUUCCAUAAUUUAACUACGUACAGAAUGUAAUAAUAUACUUUAUUUACAUGUAUAUAAGAUAAAAAUAUUAUACAGAGAAAGAAAAAAGUAUUUUAAACAACUAUGUGGAACGAAAAGUCGUUUCUGGCUUAUCAGAUUUUGUAAUAAAAGAAAAGCAGGUGAAAUGAGAUAUCCAUUGACGAAAAGCAGCGUUAUAGAAUUAAUUCAUAGACAUAUGUCAUCUGGCUUAAAUGAUACAUGCUUAUGAACACGCACAAAUGUAAUUACAUAAAAAAUGUGUCACAAAAAGUAAAUUGUGUAUUAUGUUGAGUAUUAUGGAGUUAUUAAGCACAAGUAUUAUUGAAGGCGAAAGUAUGUUGCAACGUAGAAAAAAUGUCUAACUCGAAUCGUUGUUAAGCCGAGAAAGGGAAAAAAAGAGUUUCGUCAACGUUUCUUAACAUUCUUCGACAGAUGACACAAGUUUACUUAUUGUAAACAAUUUAAGAAAAGUUGACUAAAAUAAGAAAUAAUGAGACUGUGAAAUGAAGUUGCUCACUGAAUAACAUGAUAUAUUUUCCGUCCAUUUAAUAAAGCAUGUACGAAAGUGCUUUAGAAAAAUAUAAUGUUUAAGAAAAGUAUGUGACUAGAAUUACUUGGUCGUUUGUGCAAUCCUGAUGUACUAGUUACAAAUAUAUACGUAUAUACAUAUAAUAGUAUGAAGAAUGGCAGAUCCACAUACUGUGAAUAGCGUGAUCUCAACACCGACCAACCCACGUCUCGGAGAAAAACGGGCACUUGCUGCACGUAUAUCUACUUAUGUUUUGGGUUUAGCAUUAUUGGCAGUAAUUCUCCAAUCAGCGGCGACUGCUUUGCCAACUUGGGGAUAUUUUUCAAAUCCAGAUGCUGGCAGUGGAACUGAAAGAGGGUACUUCGGACCUUGGAGACAAUGCAAAUAUUUACUUUAUGGUCGUGAAAAAUGUGGCCAGGGUGUGUCCAGAUUUAAACCAGUGUAUGCUGUAUGGGUUUCUGGUUUAGCCGCUGCUGGAUCUUCAGUUUUACUUGCAUUUAUCACAGGCUUAACACUCAUUCAAUUAUCUAUGGCAUCGUCAGCAAAACGAAUGAUUCUUUCAUAUAAUAUGGCAACUAUAGGGAAAGUUGCACUUUCUACUUUAUCAACAUUCUUAGCCAUUGUUGCAGCUGGGUUAUUUGCUCUUCAAACGGAUGAUAAAGCCAAUAGUUUUAUUAUUGUCAGAGGAGAAGGAUUUUAUAUGCAGUUAGCCUCCAUCGCUUUGAGCUUCAUCAUCCUUGUAUCUUCUGUUUAUGAAGGGAUUUAUGUUCGUCGAGGAGGGGACCCAACAAAGUUAAGACCUGUUCAAAGCGAUCCAGGCACAACAAUAAAUAAUCCUGGUUAUAGAGAACAUCACCAUCCAACUAAUGGGGGAGCAAUAUCUAUGACUGAUUCUAGUAGGACACCUUACUUAUCCGUUGCAGGCAAUGGUUCUAUAGCAUCUGUUGCUACUUCAGGAAGUAUGGUCAGUGUCUCCUCGCCACUUAGAAGUUCUUUGAAGAAACCUAAACCAUUAGGAAUCCACAAUCCAGGAUUUUCCACACAUAGCCCAACGUUAUCAAGAAAUGGCUCGCAAAAGAAAGUGCGCAUUCAAACACACUCUACGGAAGUUUAAUGUCACAUCACAAAUAUGCAACUAGCGUGCCAGUUGUCGUUAACAUAUUAUGUACUGACUGAAUAGUUGAAGAAAUUUUUAUUCAUAUGUUGAUGGGUUGUGUGAAAUUCCAGUUGCCUUAGGAACUAAACCAGCAGUUCUAUACUUUCUUUAAACCAAAUACGAUAUUUUAUUAUAAACGAUAUUAUUUUAUCUUGUAUAUUAAAAAUGUACAUUUAAAAGAUAUUUUUAAAUUUUUUAUAUAAAAGAGUCGAAAUAUUUCUAUGAGAAAAAUUAAAAAAGGAAAUGUAAAAAUACAAAGCUUUUUGUAAUUAGUUUUAUGAACUAAAGUUUGUAGAUACUUAUGUUAUUAAUGUCAAAGUAACCAUAAAAUGGUAUGUUAAUAGACAUAAUAUAACUUUUGAAAUUAUAAAAUAAAUUUAUUAAAAAAAUUGUACGGAAAAUACAAUCACAGAUAUAAUAACAACAAUAAUAAACCAGUUUUCUGU